AUGAAAGCCAUCGAUGGUAUUGAGUCUCCCAGACGGAUGUCUCUUGAGAUAACUGAUGACAAGGGACCUGGUCAAAAUGAUUAUUUUAUAAUUAAAGAUGGCCCAAAAAUUGAUGAGUCAGAAGUGCCAGUGAUGGAUCCAGAGAUUGACUUCAGCCCAGAGGUUAAACGUAAAAAAUUAUUGGGCGGCAACGAUGGUAAUGAGAACAUUGACAUUUUUGAUGAUGACAAAGCAGAGGGUUCUGGCUCAAAAGUUUUUUCUGGCGAUCAAAAUGAUGAUGAAGAUCUUCUAAUAAUUAAAGAGAAAAAUGUCAGACCUGGUGGAUCUGAAUUUGUAACAAAACAUGAGUUAUCAGAAGCUAUUACAAUGGCGCUUCAGAAAGUUCUGGCAGCAAUUCCAGCCACGUCUUCAGUUGUUCCAACACUCUCUGAUUGUUCAAAAACAAAACGAUCAAAAAACAAAAAAAAUAACAUGAUUGAAUUAGGUCAACCUGGGAGUAAUGUUUUCGUUACCUCUGACCAAUGGAUAGCUGCUGAAGCGACUAAAUCAUUUACAGCUAUGACUACUUCAUUAUUGGUUUCGGUAUUUCCUACAGAUCAGUUGAUUAAAAGCAACUACAAAGGUGGACCACCCAAAAAUGCAAUAGAUAAGACCGUUAUACACACUGGACUGGAGAAUACUAAUGAAUUAAAAGCAAUUAAAGAAGCAGUCCAGCAACGAUUUAAAAAACAAUUUAAUCAGGCUGAGUUUGGUAAAUGCAUUAACGUAAAAUGCAACAAAUUACGGUCAGAAGCAUUAAAGAAGAAGCCUAAAACUGAGGAUCCUCCAAAAGACACCAAGGAAAAUAAACCUAGUGAUAGCUAA